AUGGAACAAACUACAUUAGGAUUGAAUGGAUCCAUUCACCUCGAUUCCGUUCAAUUUAACGAUGAAAUUCACGGAAUUAUGGUUCCGGCGCCGGCACCGGAAAACGCAAGCUCAUUCACCGCUCUACUGGAGCUUCCGCCGACGCAGGCCGUAGAGCUUCUUCACUUACCGGAUUGCGACGGAACUGACUCCCGGAGUCUGCCUUGCUGCCACGUCAGCGUGAAUCAGAAACCCUAUCUUCCGAGCUCCUCCGACGGUAAUUUGACCUUCCCUGUCAACGCUGCUUUGAUUGAACGUGCCGCGAAAUUCUCCGUGUUCGCCAGAGAUAUUUCUACCGGAGAGACGCGGUUGUUUCCGGCAGUUUCUGGACCGAAUUUGGAAAGUGUGAAGAAUGAACCACAAGAGACCGAUUCAAACCCUUGCUCGACGCAAGAGUGCGUUUCUGAUCCAGCUGUUGAAAACAAGAAUCAGAGAACCGCCAAGAGAAAGGAGCGAGAGAAGAAGGGUAAAGCAUGCUCGAAGAAGAGCAAGAGCAUCGCCGAUGAUACCUCCGGUGACGGUGAGAAGCUUCCUUACGUCCAUGUUCGCGUUCGACGAGGUCAAGCCACAGAUAGCCAUAGCUUGGCAGAGCGAGCUAGGAGAGAGAAGAUUAAUGCACGCAUGAAGCUUUUACAAGAGCUGGUCCCAGGCUGCGACAAGAUAUCUGGAACGGCAUUGGUUCUUGAUGAAAUCAUCAACCAUGUGCAAACUCUACAACGUCAAGUGGAGAUCUUAUCAAUGAAACUGGCAGCAGUUAACCCAAGAAUUGAUUUCAACUUAGACAGGUUAUUGGCUACUGAUGGGCCAUCUUUAAUGGACAGCAUGUUACCUAGCAUGGCUACGCCUCUUGUGUGGCCAGAAAUCCCACUCAACAGUAACAGACAACAUUAUCAACAGCAGUGGCAAGUUGAUGAUGCAUUCCAUCAACCACUUUGGGGAAGGGAAGAAGACAACCAUAAUUUCAUGACUCAGGAAAACUCACUUUUGAGUUAUGACUCCUCUGCAAACUCAGCAUCUCUACACUCAAAUCAAUUGAAGAUGGAGCUCUGAAAGCUUACAGAAGUUGUCGUACCAGUAGCUAUUAGCCUAGAGUGUAUAUAUCAAAUAUAUUAUUUGCAGUUAGCAAUGAUUUGAGGAGUCUCAACAUUCAGCAGGUUUUCGAUGUCUUCUAUUUGUAAGAGUCAUUUGGAAACCUGGUUUUUCUUCGUCCAGAAAAGAAGAAGAAUUGGUAAGCUAUUCUUAUAUAGUACUAUUACCAUUAUGUAUACUAACUAUAGGAUUCAUUCAAUCUAUAAGGUGAUUGAAUCAAGAUUGUAAUAUCAUAGAAUAGACUAUGACUGAAUAUCACGGGAGUGAGCUGUACUGUUUGUUGAAUUUUAAUUUGAUGAUUGACUCGUAAUUAGAGUUUGCCUGAACAAACUGCUUUAAUUUUUUAA